CAGCAUCCUCCGUGUUUUAUAAAAAAUGGCUUGUUUUUUUUAUUUUUUGUUUCGAUUAUUUCCGUUCGUGAAUCCGAACUUCCGAUCUAUUUUUAAACUCACAAUAUGCAUGGACCUUGAGUCAUUCGCUUGUUAAUUAUUUUUAAAUUCGUACCAAACUACCAAAGUAAUUGUUAGAAUAUUUCACUCUCAUUUCCAAACACGAAUGCAUCGCUUUCAAAACUUCUCAUACAAUGUCGCGGUCUGUUGAACGAGUCCUAGAGGAGGCUCACUUGAGCGGAGAUUUGAAACUAAAUGGGCGUAAGCUGAAGGAAUUCCCCAGCACUGAUAAAUAUGACUUACACGAUACCGUAUUCGCAGAUCUGUCUCGAAAUCGAUUUUCCGAAUUACCAGUGGAAAUCACUCGUUUUUGGUGCCUAGAACAUCUAAAUUUAUAUCAUAAUACUCUCAGAUCAAUUCCAGAUUCCAUAACCUAUUUACAAUCUCUAGUCUAUCUUGAUAUCAGUCAUAACCAGUUAUCUGUUUUACCAAGUUCAAUAUUUCAUUUACCAUUAGAAAUAUUAUUAGCUUCAAAUAACAAACUACAAAGUUUACCUUCGGAGUUAGGCUACUGUAAGACUUUGGCAGAACUCGAUGUUAGUUGUAAUCAAAUCAGUCGCUUACCUGCGCAACUUGGAGUGUUGACUUUAUUAAGAUCGUUGAAUAUUAGAUGCAAUAUGUUGCUAGAAAUACCAAUAGAAUUAACUUAUUUACGUCUCACUCGCUUGGACAUGAGUAGAAACAGAAUCGCAAGUCUUCCUAUUGAACUGAAAAACAUGUCGUCUACCUUGGAAAUAUUACGUCUUGCUGAUAAUCCUUUGAUGGCACCUCCCGCAGUCGUUUGUGCUCGAGGAAUGGUUCAUGUUUUCAAGUGGUUAGAAUUGAGAUGCUCUAAGCAAGAAAAUAAGAAAUCCAGUUUUCAAGGCGAAACCAAAAACAAAAAGAAAUAUGAUUUACCAAAAAACCAAUUUAACGAUUCGAGUAGCAUUGACUGGCCAUUUUUAAGCAGUGAUAUUUCCAUUCCAAUGUAUUCACCUUUAGAUGAAAAAUUAAGCCGAACGAAAAGUCCGGAGAAAAGAGGAUCAGAUCUAGAUAUUGAUAAGCCUUUAAAUCCGAGUUACAGAUCUGGAUCAACGAAAUCUUUAGAUUCGCAAACAUUGUCGAUGAAUAAAAUGAAUAUGAAAAAUCAAAUGUUCGAUAAUCAAGUUGGAGAAAAAUGUCAUCUUCAAACUUACAGGGAAUACAAAGAGUCUUUAAGGCAGCAACGAACAGUCGACAGCGUUUAUAAAUGUUCGCAACGAGAAUUAAGCAAUGGAAAUUCCAAGUCGCCGAUUUUACAGGAAUCAGUCCCCAUUCCUGUUCCAGUUUCAGUUCCAGUCACAGAGCCAAAGAUUACACAAUCAUCUGACAUGAAAGUAAAAUCAUCACCGAUCAAAGAGCCACCGCCAUCCAUGUGUGAAAAAUUAGUUGUUAAAAGUCUGACGAGAACAAAAUCGAAGAAUCUCAACGAUAUACCGUUCGAUAAAAUGCAAUUCACCAUGAGAAGAGAAUAUGAAAAAGCCAAAGAAGAAGCCGAAUUAAUCCGCCAGUUGAGAAUUACCAUCGAAUCUCGUCUGAAAGUCGUCCUUCCUGAAGAUUUAUCUUCAGCUUUAAACGACGGUGUGGUACUAUGCCAUUUUGCUAAUCAUAUCAUGCCCCAUUCGGUGGCCAGUAUUCAUGUUCCAUCACCCACUGUUCCCAAAUUAACGACUGCCAGAUGUCGAAGAAAUGUUGAUAACUUUUUAGAAGCAUGUCGCAAAAUUGGUAUUGAAGACGAGUUAUUAUGCAAUCGGAACGAUAUACUCGAGAUGAAAGAGAAUAUUCUUCCAACUGUAGCGGUUAUCGUUUGUAAAUUAUUAAAGAAGUCGAAUCAACUUUCUUUAAAUUCUCAGCACCGUAAACUACUUAACGUCGAAUCGUUCGACCAAAAUCACAUUAACGCCUCGGGCGUCGUCGUAUUGUCGCGUCAGCGUAUCAUUUUCGAAAAGUUCUCAACGGCGUUAUGUUUGUUGAUUUUUGUCUCUGUUAAUUUACUAUUAUAUAUUUGUCCGAUACCGAGCUAGUCGAAGCUCCUCGUGGAAAUAUACGAUAUUUUCUAAGGCUAUAGAGUGGCCAAAAAAAAAACGCUUAUUUUUUAAGUAACCUAAUUUACCACAAUGAUAAUAAUUUGGAUGCAUUUUUUUUAGAGCGAAAAACCAUUAACCCGAUCGUGGGUUGUGAUAUUGUGAAUGCUUCCUACCUUUUUUUUUUGUAUGUUUAAAUACAAGUAAAAUUACGCUAUAAUUUUGUUAAGUUGUAAGCUUUUUUAAAAUUAAUUUCCUAUUUUUUUUUCUACUAAGGCUUAAGUUCCUUGACGCCUGAUUUUUUUCAUAAGUCCGUUACCAUUGAACGAAUUUUCAUUUCAUUGUAAUUUUUUUUUCUUUUAAAAAUAGGCUCGAUGAUACGUAGCAAGCGGCGGAUUGAUUUUAAUUUUUCACUUUUUUUUUUUGGUUAAUUUUUUUAUUUUUGGCAAAGUCUUAACGAAAGAGACCGUUGAAUUUCAAAGAAAAUCUAGUCAUGAAUACCAAAAGACGAUAUUUAUUGCGUAUUUUUAAUUUUAUUUUCAAUCUAUUUUCUUUGAUACUCUUUUUCUAAGAACAUCAUUUUUGCUAUUCUUUUCUAAGGUUUCUUUCGCUGAACGAAAUAUUUGUCAUGCAAUGUUUUUCUUUCCUUACCUUAUUUUUUAUUUAUUAUUUGGUUGAUUUCUCCAACUUUCAAAUUCAAAGUAGAUAUCUUAAGAGACUGAAAAGCGUCUCGUUAACUCUCAAUCCGCUAAUUGCUCUUCGUACUUUGUAUAAAUUGGCUUUCUUUGGUGCUAAUUAAACAACAGGAUUUUUGGGCUGUGAUUUUUACGAGCAUUUUGGUAUAAUGUAUAGUGCCUUUCUUCGUAGACAUGUGUAUGUGUGUUUGUGUAUAAGAUCGUAGGUAUGUGUGUGUGUUAGAGGUUGAACGCUGUCUGCGUUGAGCAUUUUUAGAAUUUUAAAUCGCGUUUCGCGUCAUCUUGGCUUUUUUUUCUUCUUUUUAACCGUAACAAUCGCCGCUCAUGUUCACUAACUAUCAUUGUACAUAGUACAGUUUUACUUUUCGAGGUGUCGAGGUUGAGAAAAAAAAACGCGAAGAAACUACAAAGAGUUGAGCAACAAAUACAAAAUACCUACCUAUAUUCGCGCCACUCGUCAGUAAUGGGAAAUAGAGAAAAGCGUUCGAUAGACGUGUAAAGCACCGACUCCCAACACUCUAUCCACUGGUUAAUCUAAUGGUAUACGCUUAUUUUUGUUUAAUUUUCAGACUCUAGUUUGUUGCGCUGGUGACAUAUUAGAAGGAAAAGGAUUAAUACAAGUAGCUAUUACGGUAGCUGAAUUGCUUCGAUUUCAUAAUACAAAAUCGGGUUCGCAAGAACCGGCUGCCGUAUAAAUAUAAAAAUUUUUUAACGCGAGGUAAGAAGAAAAUUAUGCCGCUGGAGAAAGUGAUGAAUUUUGAUAAGAUGGUGUGUAGAAUAGAAAUAUUAUACCGAAUAAGCGUAUUGGCGGACACGAGCUUUAGGUUGGUUCGCUUUUAAGGUACAUAUUCGUGUUACAAGAUUCGAAGCUUUUAUCAUGCAUUAGCUGUUGUUGUACUACGUAAAUCAAAUUAUACACGAUGCCAGGUUAGCCUAUGUGAAAAUGUUCAAAGGCGGUGCUUUAAUGUGGUAAUUUUUCUUUGAGAGUAAUUCCAAGUAUUCCUCACAGCGCGCGUUAUCAAAAUUAAUUCACUGCCACUUAAAUGUACAUUUUUUCGUUGAGCUGUUUUGCAUUUACAAUAAUUAUUUUUUUUAAAUAUUUUUUGCACGCACCUCAGGUGAAUUUUUUUAGUCUGGGUAUUAAUUAUUAAGAUUACUUUGUAAUGUGAAUGAAAAUCAACGACUAUUACUAUAUUAUAGUGAUAACUUUUAUUUAUGUACCUACCCAUAUUUUUUGUUUUUAAUGUAAACGUAUCCGAAAUAAAACAUUUUUAUGGA